CUAAAAGAAAGAACAGAAACUAAGGCUAGUCAGGCUAAGUGAACUGAGAACUGGCAUAUAGUAGUGGCGUGCUUAGAGAGUGAAGCUGAAAGGGAGGAAAGCACAGUCUCCUAUUAAAACCAGCGAAGCCAAGAGGUAUGGCAAUGGAAGCACAAUAUGGAAACUGGUUGUCAGAUCCCGAGACACAAAGUUCCAGCACAGAAUUACAACCCAAAGGAAUAUACGUUUGUGCCCUGGCACCUCCUUUUCCUCUCAAAACAAAAGAAUUAUAUUCACCCAAUAGUUUGGAGAACGAAAAUGAUUAUGAUGAUGCCAGUUUUGUGACUCCAAGGGUUCCUCAAAGUCAGAGGGAGUCCUCAGAAAGAGUUAUUUCAGCUGUGAAAGAAGCAGGAGUCAUGAAAAGCAAGGAAGAUCCUUCUGUCUCUAAGUCUACAGAAAGGAAAGACCAAAGAAGUCUUCAUGUGAUCAUUCUCUAUGUCCUAGUAGCUGUAUGCUUUGUGAUGUGGGCAGGUCUCUUGUCUCUGUUCCUGUUGAAGUACACAGCAAUAUCAGAGGAGCUACAUACUUUGAAAACCAACUAUUCAGAGAAGCUGAUCAGAGUGAAGAAGUAUGAGGAUUAUAUAGGAAAAAUGCAAAUUGUUUUGGAAAUGAUUCCAAGCAACAACUACUAUAAACUUAAGGAGAUCGCAGCAUCCCUCUGUGACAAUGGAAACUCCUCUGUCUUUACUUCGUGCCCCCGAGGCUGGGAGAAGGAAGAGGAAAAUUGCUAUUACUUUUCAAAAGAGAAGAAAAACUGGACUGACGCUCAGUGGGACUGUAUUAAUCGGCAGGCUCAUUUGGUCAGCAUUUGGACUGAUCAGGAACAAGGCUUUGUAAAAGAUAGACUGAACAAUGAGAUUCAUUGGCUGGGUAUGACUGACCUUGAAGAAGAAGGAAAAUGGAGAUGGGCAGAAGGUGACCUGCUGGUAUCAACAGCCUUUUGGAAAAUAGGAGAGCUAAAGAAAGGUGCCGGCAACAACUGCGGUAUCAUGCACCCCCAUGGGACAUGGGGUUCUGAUGUGUGUUCCCUUCCUUAUCGCUGGAUUUGUAAAAAGAAGCUGAUUUGCUGAAACAUUUCUUGGGCCACCUGCUCCUGGAGCAAGAUUGUACAUAAACUGGUUUGCUUUCUCCCACCUCCCUGCAACCUUGCCAUGAACCACAGUUCCCUGGCAAUUUGAGAGAAAAAUUAUGUAUUUUAUCACCGAGGAACAGUCCUGAGGUAUUUUGAACUGUGAAGCAUAAUCCACUUGAGCUUAUGAGAAAGCUCACCAGCCAGUUGUGUGACAUGCAAAGCAAUCAUUUAUGCAGCUACUCCACUUUCCCAGCACAGGAGACUAUACAACUGUCCCCAGAAAACACACAGAUGUGUGAGAGAAAACACUUUACUGGCACAGACUGACUGGAUACAUGGCUUAAGUGCACCUGAACUUCCAAGUAAGCACGAAGGGAAGAUGGUGCUGGUGCUACCGGAAGGAUCUCCCCCCCGCCCCCAAGCAGUUUUAGUAGGUCAGUUGUUUUCAGGAAAAAGAGAUGGCUGACAGGGCAACCAUGGCUGAACCCUAGGAUGCAAAAAUUAGAAGGCAUAGCCAUGGCAAUUGCCUUGUCUUCUGCUGAUCCUCCCCAGAAGAGUCAAACUAAAGGCAGGCAGGCCUGCAGUCCUGGGUCAUCCACAUGCAGUGAGAAGCAAACCGCUGUGUGGGAUCACCCCAUUGAGCCAUGGCCAGCACCACCACUAACCUGCCCCCACCCCAUUGUAACCCCCUGGGAGUAGGAAAAAGAAAGGAAAAACAAACCUCCAGCAAUGUAGGCCACUGGAGGGAAAGGAAAAGGCAGCUGCUGCACUUCCUGAUUGCUGGUUUCAAGGUGGGGGUGGGGGUGUUUCCUGAAAAGCAGGUUUGAGGGGAAGGGCAGUUUCCAAGUUGACCUGUUCAGAGCACAAGUCAGCUCAGAAAUGAUCCUUCCUUCUCAGACCUCAGCUUGAGACAGCAAUCAAAGGACAAUGAGGUGCUCAGGAGGUUGGUGAGUGGGAUGCUGCCUGGUGUCCAGUUGCAAUGGCAUAACUGCCAGGUCAACAACUUGUGGCCAAAUACAGUCUCUGUUUUGGGACCAUGUAUAAAUAUUUGCCAAGUAAGGUAAAGGUAAAGGUUCCCCUUGACUUUUAGUUAGCCGUGUCUGACUCUAG